GCUUCUCGACGCUCUUCUUCCCGUGCCUGUCUCCUAGCAGAGGGACCGGAAGUGGCUCGAGGAGGGGAGGGGGGGGGCUCGGUCCCUCCUCAGGUGAAGGCGCUGCUGAUGGAGCCGCCGUUGUGGAGCCAUUGAGCCCCCCCUACCCCCCUCCCAGCGGUUGGGCCGGGGGGGCCUUCCCCCUAACGAGAAGCGACCGGGCUUGGAGCCCCGCAAUUCAGCAAAGUGUCUUCAAGAUGGAGAUAGAAGACUGCAAUGGGCGAUCUUACAUAUCUGGAAUCUCUUCUUCCUGGAAGGUGAGUGGCUGAGUUCACCCUACUGCCGAGAUGCAGCCACACACACUCACAGCCUGUAUUCCACUGCUGUUUCCAAGGAGUUGGCUGUGAUAACACUCCAGGGUAUCUUCAGCAAGCUAGAAUAAUGUAGUGGAGAUUCCUCUUUGGAAAAGGAGUUUACCUCCACAAUUGUGGGGCCCACAGUGAGCACACCAAACAGCCAACACUCCUCCCCAAGCAGGUCCCUUAGUGCAAAUUCUAUCAAGGUGGAAAUGUACAGUGAUGAAGAAUCUAGCCGGCUGCUGUCCCAUGAUGACCGGCUCAUUGAAAAAGAGGACAGCGUGAUUGUAGAGGAUUCCCUCUCUGAGCCCCUUGGUUACUGUGAUGGGUCAGGACAGGAACCGCAUUCCCCUGGCGGCAUACGGCUACCCAAUGGCAAACUGAAAUGUGAUAUCUGUGGAAUGGUGUGCAUUGGCCCAAAUGUACUGAUGGUGCACAAACGCAGUCAUACUGGUGAGAGACCAUUCCAUUGCAAUCAAUGUGGUGCCUCCUUCACCCAAAAAGGCAACCUCCUGCGCCACAUCAAACUGCAUUCAGGCGAGAAACCCUUCAAAUGCCCUUUCUGCAACUAUGCUUGCCGGAGAAGAGAUGCACUCACCGGUCACCUCCGCACACACUCAGUCUCUUCCCCCACAGUUGGCAAGCCCUACAAAUGCAACUAUUGUGGUCGCAGCUACAAGCAGCAAAGCACGUUGGAAGAGCACAAGGAACGUUGUCACAACUACCUGCAAAGUCUUAACACUGAACCACAGUUGCUGGCUGGCCAGCAAGGUGACGAGAUGCGAGACUUGGAGAUGGUGCCGGACUCCAUGCUUCAUUCCUCAGCAGAUCGGCCAGCCUUUAUUGACCGACUAGCAAACAGCAUCACCAAACGAAAACGCUCCACACCUCAGAAAUUUAUAGGAGAGAAGCAUAUGCGGUAUAGCCUCUCCGAUAUGGCAUAUGAUGUCAACUCCAGCUUUGAGAAGGACGUGGAGAUGGUGGCUGCCCACCAUCCUAUGGACGCUAGCUUUGGCAGUUCAUUGUCAUUCAUGGGAGCAGAACAUUUGCGUCCCCUCAGACUCCCACCCACAAACUGCAUCUCUGAGAUCACACCUGUCAUCAGCUCUGUCUACACUCAAAUCCAGCCCCUCCCGGGCAGGUUGGAAAUUGCAAGUAGUCGGGAAGCUGCCGAAGGCCACGAGGACCUUUCUGAUGGAACACAGAUUGUGUAUCGGGCAUCACGGGAGCCAAGCAUGGUAUCACCUAGCAAUGGUUGCCAGGAUUCCACAGACACUGAGAGCAUCCAUGAGGAGAGGGGCUCACAGCAGCCGCUGCUAUCCAGCAUUGGGAAUUGCAGCAGCAGCCGGCAGAGUCCAGCCUACGCCAAAGAGGACCCCAAAUUGCAGGAGGGCAUCAUUCCCACCACUACUCGGUCAACUCCCAGUUCAGCCAAAGAAGCCCUACGUGUGGUGAAUGAUGAAGGGGAACAGGUAAAAGCCUUCAAAUGUGAGCACUGCCGGAUCUUAUUCCUGGACCACGUCAUGUUCACCAUCCAUAUGGGCUGCCAUGGCUUCAGAGACCCUUUUGAAUGCAACAUCUGUGGCUAUCACAGCCAAGACCGGUACGAGUUCUCUUCCCACAUAGUGCGAGGGGAACAUAAAGUAGGCUAAUCUUACUCUGUCCCCUUAUUCAUCUCUCCCCAUCACUAGUGCUCUAUCCUAGUUGGGCAUGGAACUGUUCAUUUCUUUUGUACUCCUUUGCACUGACUUUGGCUAAAAAAGAGAAAUGUUAAAAAAAAAAAAAGAACCCUAAGUUUUAAAAAAUCCAAUGAACUUGAGACGGGGAGGAGCUCAUAACAUUUUGCCUUUCUCUAUGGUGUGUUAUUUAAAAGUUGAUAAUUAAUUUUAAAUUUUUGUUUUUUUUCUCUCACACUUGUAGUUAUUUAUUAACUCCUUCCUUCCUUCCUCCCUCCCUCCCUUCCUUCCAUCCUUCCUCUAAAUAGAUUUUUCAUUCAUUUCACCAGGAAUGUCCUCUUUUGAGGAGCAAGUAAGGGCUGGCAUAUCGCCCAGCAGCAAGCUUGACUCUCUAAGGUUAAGGUCUCUUCCAUUUAGACAUUUUUUUUGUUUUGGUUCCCAUAUUUCUGUUAAGCCACCAUGUUAGGUAUUAAGAACCUCAGAUCAGGUGCUAAACACAUUAUAGAGCUUCCCCCUUUCAAGGGGCUAGGAAAGCCACGGCCUGAGCUAUAUAACUGUUCAAAUGAACCGUAUAUAUCUUCUUUUUAUGGGUGGCUGUGAAAUGGAGUGUAUGAAGGUAUCAUGCUAGGAAUGCUGUGGUCCCAAGAAUUUAAUACCUCUGUGCAUCUACUUAACACAGCUUUGAACUGACUUGUAUUAUUUCCUCUAUUGGGGCCCAAAAGGGAUAGUGAAUUUUGCAUCUGGUGUUGAUGAAGGAGCUACGGUAUUUCAAGGAAGAUGAUGAGCACUUUGUAUAGGAAGAAUGCUGCCUUUCCAUAUUGAACCGAGAACCAGCAUUGCGAAAACAAAUGCUGUUUCCAGGAUGCGAUGAAGGAACCUUAACAUUAUCUGGUUAAAUCUAUGAUGCUUCUAAAGAGUCUGGGAUGUCCUGUCUUCUCUCCAGAUAGGUUGUCUGAGCUAAUUUUUUUUUUUUUUUUUGAGCUUCCAUGGUUAGCACUUAGCGGAUAAUGGUUGCUAAAGACUGUAGAAUCAGGGUAGGAAAAAUGUAUCUUUUACAACUCCCAUCAUGUCUUAGUACCCUCUGAGCAGGCUAGGAUUAAUGGGAGUUGAAAUGCAGCAACAUUUGGAGACUCAAAAGUUGCCAAUCCAAGCUUUGGGAGAGGUAAGCCUCCUAGGUGAGUGCAUGUCUUUAACUUUCCUCUCCCAAUAUGCAGGUUCCUUAGACAGCAUUAAUGAGCCUGGCUUUGCUGAGUAGGAAUUGAUUUGUAAGAUGGAGUUAUUUUCAUUGGGAGGCAAGAAUGAUGCUAGCAAUGAUUGCUGGAGUCAGUUUAGGAAUUUCUUAACAUCUACUAGAGCCAAAGGAAUGAGGAGAAAACUGCCAGUGUCUCUGUUCCGGUGCUUAACUUAAACCUCCUCAUUCAGAUUCCCAGCAUCAUUAUUGCUGAACAGCUUGGAAUUGGACUUAGUUUCCUGGUCAGUUUAGCUGUCCUUGUAUGUGUCGAUCCGUUAUAAGCCUUAUGGAUCUAUGUCCAGAAACCAUGAGCGAGAUCUAAAAGUGGCAGCCUUGAGGUGAGAGUUCUCUAUAGCUAUGGAAUACAUCACACUGCCCAUCCCAAAUUAAGGGGACCUAAGGUCUGCAGUGAGAGUUUCAGUUUUCUUAAAGAGAAAUCUUUUUUCCAGAUCAACGGCAACAACUUUUCUAAGCUGAUUUUGCUGAAAAGGCAAAUGAAACGCAGCAAGAUUUCCAUAGUGACAUGUCCUCCGUUCGUUCACAGGUACACAGCCCAGGGUGUCAGAGGGGAUCAUUAGAUUUCUGCAGCAGGGGCCCUGGCAAGGAACCUUUAUUAUGUGUACUUUAGUGUCUUAAAAACUUUGAUCAUCAUCAAGGGCAAAAAAAAAAUUCCUCCGUUCUAUAAUUGGUUGCAGAUUGCUGCUGAUAAUAGGCUAUAGGCAAGAGAUAAAAAAACCACUUGUCGGUAUUACACAGUCAUUCCCACCUCCCCAACCUGAGUGGAAAUCUUGUUGAUAAUUGUUUUUUAAGAGGGUAAUCACCAAAUUAGAAGCGUUAUGCGCUGAGCCAAUAAAACUUGAAGCUUGCCUUUUUCCAUCUUUAUCUGUUGGAAACAUCUCAUCUGACGGAAAGGGGUAUGUGAUGAAAAUAGUCUCUCUAGUCUUAGCUGGGCAAUGGAUGUGACAAGAAGGGGAGUGCUUUUGGUUUAGAUAAAUCCCUUAAAUGCAUUUACUCAGCAGCACCCCAGGGAAUUGCUUCCUUGCAGGAUAAACCAAAGGCGGUUCUUUUUCUACUUAAAAAGCAAACCUCAAGCUGCAAUGUUUUGUUCAUUUUCCUUCUUUAUUGCUUUUUGUAAUGUGGAAUACAGAGCUGAGCUUUUUUUAAAAAAAAAUAAACAAAUAAACAAACAAACAGGCCCAGCCAGUUUGACUAACUGAAAAGACCUGAUUGAAUGAGAUGUUUUGAUGAAUUGGCCAAGGAGAUGGGAGUGGAACUUUUCUUUAAAUACAGUACCCUGAUUCCACUGUUCUAUUCAUAUUUUAAAAUGUUGACUUUUUCUGGUACAAUAUCACUUUCCCCCUUCAGCUUUCUCUUUCCCACAUUCAGCAUAGGAGUGGCAUCUUAGAGGCUUGGGAGGCAUUUUGAGCUGGUCCCAGCAAUGUCUAUUUUAGCUUCAGCAGCAGAAGUGAAUAUAUAAUUUUUGUCAUUCUGAUUAUAUUGUGCAAUACAAAUAAAACAUGCUGAGAGACUUUGCCAAAUUGUUAAGGGAGUUUGAAAGUCCAGUUCUUAUAGGGUAUUUUUCGUAUUAGAAUCAUACUUUUGGCUCCUUUAGUUCUACUGGCUCUAAGGUCAAGGAUUUUUUUUCUCCUAUUGAUGUACUCAUGUCUUCUAUUGAUGUACAUUUAAAAUAAUUCAACAUUUUUUGUGAUAGUUAAUCUAAAUAGCUAUUUCAUGUGACAUAGUUUUCCCUGUAAUAAUCUCCAUGAUUUCAAUGCUCAUUAGAAUAUUUUGUGUGAAUGAAAUCCUAGAGGGAAUUAUGGGAGCUCUCCUUUGAGUGGAAAAAGUCACCAGAACCAGCUUUUACACCUUGUGAUUCGAAUGCUUAAUAUUAUCUUGCUCUAAAGGGUGAGAUUCUUUCACCACUUACUUUAAAACCAUGAAGACUUUUUAAAAAAUUUAACACAGUUUGAUAAGAUUAUAAUUGAAUUGAAUCCGGGUGUUACUCAUAGUGUUUGGGCUGUGCUCCAAAAUAUCAGAGAGAACAUAUCUGUAGGGCUUUUUUCAUAAUUAUUGUUAAAACAUCCUGGGAAACCUUAUGAAAAAGUUCUGCAAAAGCAAAACAUUGGACAUCAAAGACAUAUUUAUUACACACAGUAAAUCCUCUAAGCUGAUUUCCAAUAUUCUCAACAGCCCACUCUUCCUGCAUUUGUUGCCCAUUUUGUGAGUAAGGAGAUGUGUGGGUGUUAUAUAUACAUACACAUACCACACACACAUUUGCCCCUCUUUUAGAACAGGUUGUCCAAAUAUUUGUCCUUGGGAAAGAACUGAACUAUUCAAAUAAUUGUCUAAGAAUUUUAGAUUCCUCUGCUGAUAACUUUCUCCCUAAAAAAACUAAUUCUGACAGAACUGUAUAGUCUAUUCAUGUAACUGUGUAUCUGAACGAAGUCCAGAUGUUUAUCACCCAGGUGUUCAGUGUCACAAUGGAAGUAGACCUCUGGAAAAAAAAAGGGAAGGUGCAGAUAGGCCUAUAUAAUAAUAAUAAUAAUAAUAGAAAUGAGAGCAGUCCCUAAACUCAGUUGUGUGCAUGUUUCUUUUCCCAUGUGAAUCUAGACCUAAAUAGGACAUGUAUAUUAACUCCCGAGUUAUAUAGAUAGCAUUUAUCCCUUGUGGGAUCAGACAAAUAGCACUUCUCUCUAGGUACUUGAUAUUCCUUGGCUUCUGUUAUGGUGUAUAUACUCCAGAGGACUGGGGUAAAAUCCAUUUACUUUAGCUGGAGAGCAUUAUAUUGUUUCUAAUGAAAAACAAACAUACAUACAUGAAUUAGUAGUUACGAAGUCCUAUAACCAAAUUCCAGAAGUAUCCAGUUCUGCAGAGAAUGGAUGCCAACUAAUUAUGUUUAUAUAAUCAAUAUUUUAAACAAAACUGGAAAUCAAACAGCAAAAUUUAUGUUUGUUUUCUUUCCACAUAUGAACUGAAUGCACUGUAUGAAGCAAGAUAAAUACAGAUAGAAAAUUAAAUUUGGGUUAAAGAUACCAGGAGUGUGACUUUUACCGAGAUGUCUCCUUGAUGUCUGAACUUUAUUACCAGUGCCCUGAUAUGUUCCAUGUGAGAUGCGAAUUACUUCAAGUUUCAAUAGACAAAAUUACAGAAAUAUAUCUCUGUUCCCCCAAUGCAGACUAAAAUUUCUGUCAGCGGAAUGUAAAACAUAUUGAACAGCUGACCAGAUAUGCUUUCCAUCUGAAUAUAUUGGUCAAGAGGAGGAAGCAUUUAUUGGCUUCUUGGAAGAUGGCAUUGGGAAGAAAAUACACUUAUGAAAUUUUCUUUAUUUAUGUACUUGUUCCUGAAAUAGGUAUGAAACUUUGACAAGAACAACAGAAAAGCUUAGAUAGUUGGAAACUGACUUCUUGAAAGCCAAAGAUGGCCCUUGGGUGCUUGGCCUCACUUCAUUGCCACACUGAUAAAGCACCUAAAGUGUCAUUUUUACUGGGUUUUUUAAAAAGCUAUCCUUUGUGCCUCCAUACAAAGUCCACAUUCAGAAUUGCUCUGCUUCCCGUUUCUGGUGGGAAUUGGACCACUCUAUGCAGGAUCCAAUUAUUUUUGUUUAAGGGGAAAUAUUAAGACAGUUCUAGAUCUAAAUGAAGAGGUCCAGAACAUCAUUUGUGAACUCUUGUCUACUGCACUGUGGAAUGGUACUAAUCUUUCUCUGCCCUGCUUCAGGGAACAAGAAUCCUGCUUCGGACUUUACAUAUUACCUCCUGCUUGCCCCCUUUUGUGAAAAUGAAAACAGGUUUGUUUUUAGAGAAACAAAGCUCUGACAUUUCUAAGAAAUCAGUGUUCCUUUUUAUUUUUUGCUUUCACCUGUAUGAAGAGCCUAAAAAACAAAUGUAGGAAUUUUGUAAAACUCCAGGUCUCUUUAACUUGUGUAAAUAUAUAUAUUUUUUAACCAGAUGUAUGAAGAACAAAAAAGAUGUGCAAUAUCCCCAACCCGCUACAAUAUUCUUCACUUGUUUCUAACAAGCUUUCAUUUGUAUAUUGUUAUUGGGUUUGCUGGUGUGGCGCUCUUCCCCCUCCUCUUUUUUUUGGUGGGGUUAAACUUGCUUUUAAAUAAAAGAAAAACCUCUUACUGCAAAAGCUUUUUUGUAUUUGUAAUAUAUUGUAAGUACAUAUUUGUGUAAUGGAGAUUAUACUACUGUUAAGUUUUGUACUGUACUGGCUGAAGGUCUGUUAUAAAUAAACAUGAGUAAUUUAACAA